AUGGCGGCUGCACCUACCGACGGAGACUUUAAUGCCGAGAGUCACUCCAUGACGCGGGCGCACGAUGCAGACAUGAGACCAGGGAUGUAUGGUCCACGCCCAAGGGGUCCAAUGCCAUCGCGCUAUGGACAAGGCUUUGCUCGUUACCCGCCGCCCGAAUAUUACCAUGACUCCCGUAUGGCUCAUGCCCCCCAGCCCCCCCAUGGUCCUCAGCCUCAGUAUCACGGUGAUUACCAUGAUGCUCCCUACCACAAUUCUCACGAUGGAUACGACGGUUAUGUCGAGACUUAUUGGCACCCUCCCAGCAGUGCAUAUUUUGGUCCACAAGGCAGAUACCAGCAUGGGUAUGGGCGUGAGUAUCCUAACGAGUACCCCAAGGACCAGGAGGAUUGA